CCUCAAACAAAUUUCGCGGAAAUUGACAAGCAAAAAUCAAACUGUUUGUGACUUUUGAAGUUUCGUGUAACUAAAUUUGAAGUGCUACAAAACAAAAUGCCUGUGAUACAAGAAAAACCCGAAAAGAGCAUGGCUCUGCUACCUCAAGCAGAGGCAGCGACCGGCAGCCAACUGGGCAACCCGCAAGGCGAAGCGAGGCACCCUAGCACACUGCAAGGACUGCUAAGAUUUGCCAUGGAAGCGACAAAAGCUGAGGAUGCUCCGAAUGCUUCAGAAUUCCAACCCAUGGACGAAGAGAGGAAGAAAUUUUUGGAGGAUGCUUUAAAAUCGUUGACGAUGGAUGUUGUGGAGUUACUACAGAAGCAGAUCAGAAUCCUUCAGAAAGUCGAACAAAUAAAAGCGGAAGAUGACGUUCCAGAAUUCGAGGAAGCCAUAGAAACUAUUUUGGAAUAUGUAGAUCAGAUAGACACCGCAAAUGACUUCCACAAGAUCGGUGGGUUCACGAUACUGUACCCUUGUCUCAAAUCUCCACAUCCGAGGAUCCGGGCGGGUGGUUGUGAACUGUUGGCCGUUCUGUGCCAGAACAAUCCGUACUGCCAACAGAUCGUUCUCGAUAACCAGUUUAUACCGAAACUGCUCAACAUGAUAGAGAACGACGAGGAUAUACAGGUGGUUGUGAAAUCUCUGUAUGCGCUCAGCGGUAUUAUCAGAGACAACCAGGAGGGCUUCAAUCAACUGAUCCACUACAACGGCUUGAUCACCCUCCUCGACACCCUGAAGAGGAACAACGAGAAAUUCAUCAUAAAAGCCACAUUCCUCCUGUCCGCCCUCUGCAGGCAACAUCCGGACUUAAAAAGUCGUCUGGUCUUUCUCGAUUACAUUCCAUCCCUCAUACAGCUCAUAACGACCGAGAGGACGCCCACACACGAGCACAUACUGUCGCUUCUUGUGGCCUUGGUUGAGGAGAACCCAAGCGCCAUAGCGGAGUGCAAGAACCCCAAAUACAACCUGAAGGAUGUGCUGCAGAAGUACAUCACCAAUAUACGCAACAGGGAUGAGUGUCUGGAAGAAGAACAGUAUUGCAAGAGACUUCUCCACCUGUUAUUCACAUAAAUUUAGUCGAUACUAAGAAGUUAGAAUAGAAAAUAUUCAGAUUUAUUUAUUUGUACAUUUAUUUUUAUCUCCCACCUUUUUUUUAGAAAAUAAACUUUUUUA